AUGGCGGAUGUAAGUCACGAGUCAAUGAUGGAGUACUAUCAUAUUGCCAACAAGAUGUUUAAUAGUGAGGAUGAAGGUUAUACAUUCUAUAACAAAUAUGGUCUUGAGAAAGGUUUUAGUGUCCGGAGAAGCUAUGUCGAGUGGGAUGGAUCCAACUACCAUAUAAUUAUAAGGAAAUUUGUGUGUAUUCGUGAAGGGGUUCGUGAAGAGAAGCACAUGAAGAGGAAGAUGGAAGAUAGAAAGAGGAGGCCACGGAGUAUAACUCGUGUAGGAUGUAAAGCUAAAUUGGUGAUUGCAAGACAGGAGGAAACAGGUCAGUGGUUUGUCAAGGAUUUCAUCGAUGAACACAACCAUCCUCUAGCCUCACGGGAUCUGUCGUGUCUUUUGCGUUCACACAGAAGAAUUAGCGAUGAGCAGAAAGCGGACAUUGCAGACAUGGAAAAAUCUGCGAUCAGAAAACACCAUAUUAUGGAUAUUAUGUGCAUGCAAUACGGUGGAUAUGAUGAGGUUGGAUGCAUUAUGAGGGACAUUUACAAUUUCUGCCAUGCUAACAAGCAGGAAACAAUUUCUUCCGGGGAUGCUCAAAUAGUGAUCAAUCACAUGGUGGCGAGGCAAGAGCAAGAUUCAGAUUUUUUCUUCAGGUACUUGGUUGAUGAAGCUGGCCAUCUGAAGGGACUGUUCUGGUGUGAUAGUCAAUACCAACUUGACUACGAGGCUUUCGGAGACCUUAUUGUUUUUGGUAGCACAUACAGAACCAAUAAGUACAAUCUGCCAUUUGUGUCGUUUGUCGGGUUGAAUCACCACCGCAGCACUGUUAUUUUUGCAUGUGGUAUCAUUUCACAUGAAACAAGCCAAGCAUACGAGUGGAUGUUACGGACCUUUUCUGAUGCUAUGGGACAGAAGCAUCCUAUAUCUGUGAUCACGGAUGGGGACCUUGCAAUGCAGAGAGCAAUCAGGGUGGUGUGGCCAGACUCAAACCAUAGGCGCUUUAGUGACUUCCUCAUAAUGUAUGACUCAGCUAUUUGGUUGUUCACUCCCUUGGAGCCAGGCGAACAAAACAGUGAAAACGGCGAAGAAACUGGUGAAGAAAUCGUUCCGGGCGAGUUAUAUCGCGUGUGCCGCGGCGUGGGGACCAUAUCCUUCUCCGGAUUUCCGUCGCAGAGGCCCAGGCAAUCGUCUCCGGGAUCAGCGCCAGGUGACAGCUGUGGAUCCGCGGCAGAUCGACCAGACGCGCCAGCUGCGGUCGGCUACACGCGCGCCUCUGACCCGCCGCUCGACACGCGGCCACCUCGGACCGGGCGAGGCACGCCCUCCGGCCCGCACCAAUCACGGGCGGCCAUGCGGCAACCUGAUAAUGGUUAG